AUGGACGUGGACGUGGACGUGGACGUGGACGUGGACGUGGACGUGGACGUGGACAUGGACGUGGACGUGGACAUGGACGUGGACGUGGACGUGGACGUGGACGUGGACAUGGACGUGGACGUGGACGUGGACGUGGACGUGGACAUGGACGUGGACGUGGACGUGGACGUGGACUUGGACGUGGACUUGGACGUGGACUUGGACAUGGACGUGGACGUGGACAUGGACAUGGACAUGGACGUGGACGUGGACGUGGACGUGGACCUGGAAGUGGACGUGGACGUGGACGUGGUGGACGUGGACGUGGACGUGGACAUGGACGUGGACGUGGACAUGGACGUGCACGUGGACGUGGACCUGGAAGUGGACGUGGACGUGGACGUGGACAUGGACGUGGACAUGGACGUGGACAUGGUCAUGGACGUGGACGUGGACGUGGACAUGGACGUGGACGUGGACAUGGACAUGGACGUGGACGUGGACGUGGACAUGGACGUGGACGUGGACAUGGACGUGGACGUGGACAUGGACGUGGACGUGAAGGACGUGGACAUGGACGUGGACGUGGACUUGGACGUGGACAUGGACGUGGACGUGGACGUGGACGUGGACAUGGACGUGGACAUGGACGUGGAGGUGGAGGUGGACGUGGACGUGGACAUGGACGUGGACGUGGACUUGGACGUGGAAAUGGACGUGGACAUGGACGUGGACGUGGACGUGGACAUGGACGUGGACAGGGACGUGGACAUAGACGUGGAGGUGGACGUGGACGUGGACAUGGACGUGGACGUGGACGUGGACGUGGACGUGGACAUGGACGUGGACGUGGACGUGGACAUGGACGUGGACGUGGACGUGGACAUGGACGUGGAUGUGGACAUGGACAUGGACGUGGACGUGGAGGUGGACAUGGACGUGGACGUGGACGUCGACAUGGACGGGGACGUGGACGUGGACGUGGACAUGGACAUGGACGUGGACGUGGAGGUGGACAUGGACGUGGACGUGGAGGUGGACAUGGACGUGGACGUGGACGUGGACGUGGACGUGGACGUGGACGUGGACGUGAACGUGGACAUGGACGUGCACGUGGACAUGGACGUGGACAUGGACAUGGACGUGGAGUGGACGUGGACGUGGACGUGGACCUGA